AUGGCUUUGAUAACUUUACUUGAAAUCUCGAUUUAUUUCCUUUGUUUCUCCUUCCUCUACGGAAUUUUCUUGAUUAGCAAGAAACCUCACCGUUCGUUUCUAACGAGCUGGCCGUUCCUUGGUAUGCUUCCGGGUCUAAUCGUAGAGAUCCCUCGUGUCUACGACUAUGUAACCGAGCUUCUCGAAGCCUCAAACUUAACCUACCCUUUCAAGGGCCCGUGGUUCGGAGGCCUCGACAUGUUGAUCACCGUUGAUCCGGCUAAUAUUCACCACAUCAUGAGCUCAAACUUCGCCAAUUACCCGAAAGGAUCCGAGUUCAACAAGAUAUUCGAUAUUUUGGGAGAUGGGAUCUUCAACGCGGAUAAUGAUUUAUGGAAGGAUCUGAGGAAAUCAGCUCAAAGCAUGAUGAGCCAUCAGGAGUUUCAAAGGUUUACACUAAGAACAAGCAUGAGUAAGCUAGAGAAAGGUCUUGUCUCACUUCUUGAUCACGUUGCUGAGAAGAAGCUAGUGGUUGACUUACAAGAUGUGUUCCACAGAUUCACGUUCGACACUACGUUUGUUUUAGCGACUGGGAUAGAUCCAGGUUGUCUCUCGAUAGAUAUGCCGGAGAUCGAGUUUUCUAGAGCGUUAGACGAAGCAGAGGAAGCGAUUUUCUUCAGAUAUGUCACGCCGGAGAUGGUUUGGAAGAUGCAAAGAUUCAUUGGGUUUGGAGAUGAGUUGAAGAUGAAAAGAGCUCACUCGACUUUCGAUAGAGUUUGCUCUAAGUGCAUAGCUUCCAAGAGAGAUGAGAUAUCCAGUGGGGUUACUAACAUCGACUCUUCUUGUCAAGAUUUGUUGAUGUCUUACAUGAAUGUUGACACGGCCAAGUACAAGUUUUUGAAUCCGAGUGAUGAAAAAUUCCUCAGGGACAUGAUCUUAAGCUUCAUGUUAGCAGGGAGAGACACUACAGGCUCUGCUCUCACUUGGUUCUUCUGGCUUCUCUCCAAGAACCCCAAAGCAACAACCAAGAUUCGUCAAGAAAUCAACCAAAAUCUAUCUCCAACAACCAGUGAGUCUGAUUCUGAUUCAUUUGAUCCUCAAGAGCUAAACAAGUUGAUGUAUUUACAUGGAGCCUUGUUUGAAGCUCUCAGGCUAUAUCCACCGGUUCCAUUUCAGCAGAAGUCUCCUACCAAACCGGAUGUUCUUCCGAGUGGACAUAGAGUUGAUGCGGGUUCGAAGAUUGUGUUCUGUGUUUAUUCAUUAGGGAGAAUGAAAUCGAUUUGGGGAGAAGAUGCAUCAGAGUUUAAACCGGAGAGAUGGAUUUCGGAGAGUGGAAAGUUGAUUCAUGUGCCAUCUUUUAAGUUCUUAUCUUUCAACGCCGGUCCAAGGACUUGUUUGGGAAAAGAUGUGGCUUUGACGCAGAUGAAGAUAGUGGCUGUGAAACUCAUACAGAACUAUGAGAUAAAGGUCGUUGAAGGGCACAAGGUUGAGCCAGUUCCUUCUGUUAUUCUUCACAUGAAGCAUGGUCUUAAAGUUCUUGUCACAAAGAGAUGA